AUGGACGAGGAGGCCCAUACUUCUCUCGUCACGGGACGGACGCCGUGGCCUGCCGGGCUUCGCUCCCUCGAGGAGCAGAAGAAGAAAGAAGAGUUGGAGCGCGAGCAGGAGACGCGGCAGCAGCUGCAGGAGCAGAACCGCCGACAAGAGCCGCAGGAGCUCGAGGAGCAACAACAGCAGCAGCAGGGUGGCCAAGAAGAGGGACCGCUCGAGCCCCCUCCUCACAGUUCGCCCCAACCGGUACCACCGGCGCCGCAAGAGCCCAGAGACCAGGAAGAGGAUUUGCCGAGUCCCUUCGCCUGUGUUGCACAAUCUCGAACACAACGAGCAAUAUACAUCUACAGUAAACCCCGUCAGCCCUCCAUCGCCGCCGGCCGAAGCAUAGCACCUGCUGCUGCAAUGGCCAAUUUUGAGGUCAACCCCACACCCUACGUCCCCAUGGGGAUGGACAUUGAGCAGUGGGCGAGGCCUGCACGAGGAAGGAUGGUGAUCUCUGGGCACCCGCCACGACGUCAUGAACAGUACGCCAUCAUCACGCUCAUGCCGGCGCCAUAA